AUGUCCACGUCUAUUACUAACUAUACUCGAGAAACCUCUGAAAGCAUCCCAUAUGCUAAAUAUUUCAAUUUUUUCCCAUGUGAGAAGUGGGCACUCGAUCAUUAUGUAGCCUUGAUUACUGAUAACUAUAAGUUCGCUGAGAAGAAAGAGGCACAUCGUACUUUUUAUAUUACCUUACAUAAAAUUAAUGAUGAUCUUUGCAUGCCCCAAGAAGUUCGUGACAUUGCUCAAAAUCUUAUAGAGAAUAGUAAGGCCGAUACAGAGAAAGUAAAUAGCUUAUGGAGGAAAGCUAGCAAAGCAAGGAAGACAUCGCCACCACCGAGGGAUCUGGCCACAAUAGACGCUCCUACAAAGAAGCAGUGUGUAGUUCCAGAAACAAGUUGGUUCUGCCCUGAUAUGAACAUGCCUUUGCAGGCCAACGGGGGAGUAAACACUCUGGAAAUAAUUAAAUCCGCUGUCCGUGUAUUUGACCAAAAGACGAUAGCCUUAGGCUCUACCUGCUCCUAUAAAUGUUCGAACCAUUUGCAAGUAGAGUCCAAGUACGAUGAAUGCAUCCCAAGAGAGAGUGUUUACGAUGCAGAGAUGUAUAGAAUCCUGCACAAUUGGCUUGCAAAGAAACCGGACAAUCCCUACCCUGAAGCUGUCCUUGAAGUCGUAGCAACAGGAUCCAUUUCCACACUCAAGAAACAUUUCGAUCGAGUAAUAAAGUAUACCGACCAGCUUUGUCCUGAGGAAGUUUGGAUCGUGCAUUUUUCUAGAGAGGAUUCCAUUGUAUCUGACCCAUACUGGCCGAGCGAAAAGCUUCAGGAUAGGGGAUUAAAUGUCAUUCACUUCUGGCAUGAUGAGGGUUUUGAGGACAUACGAAUGAGCGCCAGAUUUCGGGAUGCCACUGGCAA